GUGUUACCUGGGCAGGUGGGGGACCUGGUGUUCGCUCAGUUCAUCAUAGCCAAUAAGGACAUGGAGCCGGAGCUGGUGUGUAUGGACAGUUCAGGACGAGCCAAUGGGAUGGGAGUGUUUGGCGGCGGCGGUCUGCUCUUCACGGUCUCUCUGGGACUGGUCAGAAGGCUGCUGGCCCCCCGCAGCGAGGUCCGGUCCGACCUGCAGCAGCUGUUCCCCUGCGAGCUGGUGGUCGGGAUGAACGGGCGCCUGUGGGUCAAGUCCUCCAGCGUCCAGCAGACGCUCGUCAUCGCGAACCUGCUGCAGAGCUGCGACACCAUGACGGACCAGCAGAGGCGGCAGCUGUUCAAGAGGGUGGCACAGGGGGCGCUGUAGACCACAGCCGGCGCCAGAGGCCCACUUCCUGUCUGUGCUCAGGGCGGAGCUACAAACAUUAAAAGCAGGUGGUUGUGUUUGAGGUCAGUGACGUCGGCAGGUGAGACACCUGUGGUCUGUUCACUCACCUGUGGACCUGAAGGUCUCACGCGGUCCUGUAGCAGGAUGUUUGUAAACAGGUUUUAUAUUUGUAAAAAUGAUAAAUGUGUUUUUGUGAAAAUAAACAAACUACAGUUCGAAGGUUUGAGGUCACUUAGAAAUGUCUCGUUCAUGUUGCUGCUGGUUUGUAACGGAUCGUCUACAGAGGCCCGUUAGCGGCGCUGUGCUCAUCAUUUCAAAGAGCUGAGCGAUCGUCAGAAAACCAUUUUACCAUCAUGCUAAGCACAUCUUAAAAACUGUUGUGCUGAUUAAAGAAGAGGUGACGCGGUCUAGUUUAGUAUCUGGAUCACCUGCAGCUGUCGGUUCCCUUAGAGGCUCAAAACGGGCAGAAACGCAGAACUUUCUUCCCGUCAGUUCUUGAAGCUGUUCCAGGAGAGAAACUGAAGAUCAUCUCGAGGGGAGACGUGACAACAGGUUUCUCCUGAAGUUCGCGGACGACACGGUUUGAGUCCGUCUGCUCCAGGAUAGAGAGCUCGACCACGGGCCAGGUUUGAACGACUAUGCUGAUUGGUUGUGACCUCCACUUCUUAAAGUUAAAUGUCAUUAAAACUAAAAACUUGAGGAAAUCUCGCCACUCAACUUCUCCAACAACAAUCGAGAGCUCACCUAUACAGACAGGGGCGAGUUCCCUGGGAACAGUGACCUGCUGUCUUCAGAGGCUUCAUUUUCUUUUGAAUCUUUUAUUAAUUCAACCUUAACUUUUUGUUGCAUAGCCCGGUGCGGGAAUCUCACAGUGCAAAGCAAAAGUAAACCGUCUAACAUUGUGAAGGCAGCCAGUAAAAUAAGGCUCGGCCUAUCGCAGCCAGCCUCUCUUGGAGGAAGAGAUUCUCCAGGAUAAAAACUAACAGAUGUUUUUAUCCUUUCCUUCCUUUGCUCCCACAGUAAUUAAUGCCCUGAACGGGCAGUGAGCUGGAGCUGCAGCUCAGAAGCGUCCCGACAGUUUUGAGGCUCCCGUUUCAGCUUUCUGAGGACUUUUAGACGAACAAAUAGAUGUUGUACUUGUCUUUGUUCAUGUCUCAUGUACGUUUGUUUUAUGGCAAAUCAGAUUUCCCCUGGUGGGACAAUAAGGGAUGAACUGGUGCGAUGCUGUGAACUACUCACAGGACAAACUGGCUCUAACCGGACCAGGAGGAGCAAGAGGACACACACAUCAGAGGAACCAGACCCCUCACAGGUCCUCAGCUGGCAGCGUCGUUUAAUAUUACCCAGAACACACCAGUGUCAGAAGCGCCUUCAGGGCAGAGCUGCAGAGAAGAAGCCAAAUCUUCAGACCGGCCGAUAAAAAGAAAAGAUCGGGGCGGAGCUCGGCCCUGAAGGCCAGCGGCGUCCCGGAUGUUUUUCUAACCAUCAGCCUUUUAAAAUGAUCGUCUCUUAUUGGCUGGAACAGCGUGACGCCACAGGGCCGCUGUAGAUCAUCCAUUACAAACCAGCAACAUUUACAUCAUGAACACUGUCUUAUGUUCUUUUAAUGGACAAAGACGGCGCUUUUAAUUUGAAAAAACAUGUCUGACCCCGGACUCAUGGUUGUGACGCGUCCUCCGCCCGGCGUCAAGUCAUACUCGAAGCGUUUGGCCUGCCCCACGUUGUUGACUUGUUGUUUUUUUGUCAUUUUGUGUGCUUCUGCUACCGAUCACGGCGCUCUGUGAACCGCUUUCCCCCAGUUCACUGCAGGGCUGAAUUUCCCACAUGGAGCAUUUCAGAAUAAGAGCGUUUUGCCUGACUUCGCUGAAUUGUUUAGAUUUAGUUGAUUUAGUAAGUUGUCCUUGAUUUUUGCGCUUGUACCGUGGUUAAGAAGUCUACAUAGUGAAAGUGUUUCUUUUUUGGUCUGUUUUAAUUGUGUUUAUUGUUGAUAUACGAUCAGGAGUAGCACAAGGUAUUUUAUUUUGAAAAUUGACAGGAUUCUAUUUGCCGUUUCUGUGUCUGACUUCCUGCCCGGCUCAUCUGCUCGGUGCAGCUUGAUGCGUCUUCUGUCAAAUAGACCGGCUGCCUAUUCUCGUAACGCGGCGCACACGCCGCCUGUGUGAGUCCGGGGUAAGUGUGUCCUGUGCUUUUAAUUUGAAAACAUGUCUGAGUGUGUCCAAACCUCUGACUGUGAAUAAACAACAACAACCGUU